AUGAGCAACACAGAUGAUGAUCUGCCCCGGAUUUUAUUCCUUCACGGGAUGGACGGAGGACCAGCUGGCAGCAAACAACGCCUCCUGCAACGCGCCGUGGGACGGAGUAACUUCCUAGCGCCUGAUCUGAAAAGCCGGAAAAUCCUUUUGCUGUACACAAUCGCCUUCGGUUGCUUCAUCGUUUUGGCGAUUAGUAUAAUCGUGGUCUUUUGGAUAUUCAUUACUUCUAUUCAUGCUGCCAUGUUCACCAUCGCUGCGGUCAUCGCCACCUGUGUUGGAUACUACGUGAGUGGCCGGUGGUUGUCGUCACUUAUACUGAGCACGGCUGUUCGCGAAGCGUCUGAGGCUUUCCACACAUACAGGCCCCAUGUUGUCGUCGCAUCAGCAUUCGGUGCUGUCGUCGCAUUCCACAUGGAUGUUCCGAAGAUGCCGCUGCUGUUGUUCACUCCGGCUCAAGACAUGUACCGGCGGUACCUCCGGACAACGCAGCAGAUGUCUCUUCGCAAUUAUCCGUAUACGCUGAUAGUGCAUGGGAGUCGAGACACGGUUGUGUCACUUCAAGACUCGAUACGCCUCGUUGAGACGGCAGAGCUCGGUCGGUGCAGACUCGAGGUGAUCGAUGACGACCAUCACUUGCGCUCUCUCACCCAGCAGGAGAUAAGCGCCUGGGUUGAUGAAGUCUUUAAAAGAGGAAGGGCGAAUGUUUUGAUGCUGGCUCAAGAGGGCGACAAGUCCGUCGACCCAACACUGUACGAAACUCCCAAUUUAGAAGCAGGGGACCAGCGUGGAGAGGACAAGACGAGAACAGAGGCUGCAGACAAAGAACGUGAGGUGGUAACGGCUGCUUCCGAAGGCGACGAUGGAAGAGAUGGGACUGGCCCAGUCACAGGGCCACUGCUGUCCAGUUCAUCAGAGGCAGAUUCUCUUUUGGCCUAA